AUGCUGAAGGAAAACGAAACGUUGGUUACCGAAUUCAUUCUAUUGGGCUUCACGAAACGCCGAGAAAUGAAAGUUUUUCUCUUUGUCAUGUUUUUAUGCCUGUACAUUUUUACAGUUCUUGGUAAUAUUGCCAUCACCCUUGUCACCAGUCUUGAUUCUGCCCUACACGUCCCUAUGUAUUUCUUUUUAAGGAACUUGUCUUUCUUGGAACUGUGCUUCACCUCAGUUACAAUACCCAACAUGCUAGUGACUCUCUACUCAGAAGAAAGUAGAAUCUCAUUCACCGGGUGUGCAGUUCAGCUAUAUUUCUUUUUAUUGUUUGGUGUCACUGAGUGCUUCCUCCUCUCUGUCAUGUCAUAUGACCGCUAUGUGGCCAUAUGCAUUCCACUGAGAUAUACAACUAUCAUGAACAAGAGAGUUUGCAUCCAGCUGUCCGCUGCAACUUGUGCUGUAGCAAUUGUGGUGGCUGCAGCACACACAAGUUUCAUGUUCACCCUACCUUUUUGUGGGUCCAACGUAAUUAACCAUUUCUUCUGUGAGAUUCAGCCAUUGCUUGAGCUUAUUUGUGACAACACCUAUUGGAAUGAACUCCAAGUCAUUGUGGUUGCUGGAAUGGUGCUCCUACUGCCUUUCAUUCUUAUCCUGAUAUCUUACCUCCAGAUCAUAACAACCAUCCUGAAGAUGAGGUCAGCCAAAAGCAGAUACAAGACAUUCUCCACUUGUUCCUCUCACCUCAUUGUAGUAAUGCUCUUCUAUGGAACAGCCCUCUUCAUGUACAUAAGACCUAAGUCAAGUUAUUCAAUGGAUACUGACAAAUGGAUCUCUUUGUCCUAUUCUGUCAUCACUCCAAUAUUGAACCCUAUAAUAUAUAGUCUCAGGAACAAAGAGGUGAAAGGAGCCCUGCAGAAAUUGGUAGCUAAUAUCUUCCUUACACCAAAAUGA